UUCCAAGCAGCUGCUCUCUCUCUCUGCUUCUCUGACUGCUAGGCUAGCUGUAAACAACGUCAAAAGCCGCUGUUACGAGGAGGAAAAUUUAAUGAGUGAACACGAGGUUAUUUCUGUGGAAAGAGUCCACUUCAAUCGGAGAAAUUUUUCUUUUUUCCCCUCUAAAUGUCUUCACCUCCCUGCUCAGAUCGUCGGGCAAUGAAUGGGACUGAUGCUGCCUAAAUGAGCUAACCUGUCAUCUGAUCUCUAAGAAAAGACACGUUUUGAUUGAAGUCUCUCUGGUUGGCGGAUGUCUCGCUCCCUCGCACGUUGGGUGGAGCCUGGUUGGAGUCGGGAGGUGUGGCCUGAGCAGCUGCUGUGAUGAGGGCUUCGGUGGCCGGGUGCAGGAUGACCCUCGGCACCCUCCUCAACGGGCUGCUGGUGUCUGUGGUCGCUGCCCUGCUUUGGAAAUACUCCAAACUCAGUGAGCACGCUGCUUUACUGGAGGAAGAGCUCCACAUGACCAGGCAAUCCCAAGAGCUGUCCCAAGCCCGGAUAGACUACCAUGUUGCCCUUGAGUCAUUACAGCAACAUGGGACGCAGAUGGUGUGUACUGGGAAGAUGCAUACAGAUCGCAUAUGCAGAUUCGACUACCUCUGUUACUGUUCAGAUGCGGAGGAGUUUGUCUUUUUCCACUCAAAUUCGUCGGUAAUGUUGCCCAAUUUAGGGUCUAGACGCUUUCAGCCAGCCUUGUUGGACUUGUCGUCAGUAGAAGAUCACAACACGCAAUAUUUUAACUUUUUAGAGCUACCAGUCGCAGCACUGAAAUUAAUGCCCAAGCCAGUAUUUGUGCCUGAUGUGACUCUUAUCUUAAAUCGUUUCAAUCCGGAUAAUUUAAUGCACGUUUUCCAUGAUGACCUCUUGCCUGCUUACUACACCAUGAAGCAGUAUUCGGACUUGGAUGACGAAGCUAGGCUAGUUUUCAUGGAAGGGUGGAGUGAGGGACCACAUUUUGAUCUAUACAGACUUCUUAGCAGCAAGCAACCUCUAUUGAAAGAACAACUAAAAAACUUUGGUAAGCUUAUGUGUUUUACAAAAUCAUAUGUCGGCUUGUCAAAGAUGACUACAUGGUACCAGUAUGGUUUUGUGCAACCACAAGGACCUAAAGCCAACAUUCUGGUAUCAGGAAAUGAAAUUCGGCAAUUUGCUAAAACUUUGAUGGACAAGAUGAACAUUUCUAGAGCAGAGGAAUCGGAUGCUAGUGCUGAAGAUAAGGACAAAAAGGAGGAUUACAUAGUCGUUUUUAGUCGUUCAACAACAAGGCUGAUCUUGAAUGAAGCAGAAUUGAUCAUGGCACUUGCGCAAGAGUUUCAAAUGCGAGUAGUCACAGUGUCCCUGGAAGACCAGAGUUACCCGAGCAUAGUUCAAGUCAUAAGUGGGGCAUACAUGUUGGUUAGCAUGCAUGGAGCACAGUUAAUCACAUCUCUGUUUUUACCUAGAGGUGCCAUAGUGGUUGAGUUGUUCCCAUUCGCGGUCAACCCAGAGCAGUACACCCCUUACAAGACACUGGCGUCCCUACCUGGCAUGGACUUGCACUACAUUUCAUGGAGAAACAACAUUGAGGAAAAUACAGUUACACAUCCCGAUAGACCAUGGGAGCAAGGAGGCAUCAGUCAUUUGGAAAAAGCAGAACAGGAACGGAUACAAGCUAGCAAAGAUGUCCCCAGACAUUUGUGUUGUAGGAAUCCUGAAUGGCUUUUCCGAAUCUACCAGGACACGUUGGUGGAUAUACCUUCAUUUUUGGAUGCUCUCAAGGAAGGUAUGAAAACAAAACCAGUAUUAAAGAAGUCAAAAACAGCAACUUUGGUACACCCAGGAAGAGUUAGAGAACCUCACUGUCAGACUUCAGUUCAAACAUCAAAUGAGGCCAAACUCACAGUCUCUUGGCAAAUACCGUGGAAUUUAAAGUUUUUGAAAGUACGAGAAGUAAAAUAUGAAGUUUGGAUACAAGAGCAGGGAGAAAAUACCUACAUGCCUUACAUCCUUCCACAGCAAAACUAUACCUUUUCAGAAAACAUCAAACCAUUCACGACUUACCUGGUUUGGGUGCGAUGUAUCUUCAACAAAAACCUACUAGGACCUUUUGCAGAUGUGCUCAUGUGUAGGACCUAGUCUGUAACGUACAACUGGAAACCUCAUUUUUUACUUCUUUCAGUGACUUUUCCACAGGGUCUAGGCAAACUUCUUCAAAUAAGGGAAUGACACUAUUAGAGUUUAAGCAGAUCUAUUUAUGUGCAAAAUAAAAUUGUUUUUAGUGGUAGACAACACUGAUUCUUAAACUUUUACAGUAUGCAAUGUAGCUUUUUGUGGUAAGAAAGAUUUUAGAAUAGAUUUUGUACGUUUUUUGACUUGUGUUUGACUGUUUGAUUGAUUGUUGUGGUUAUCUCAUCAGAGUCUAGCCAAAACCAAAGUACCUUUUUGAGUUCUGCCAAUCAUGUUUCAUGCUGUAUUGCGUUACUUUGGUGUGUAGACUAUAGACUUAUUAUUACUGAUAUUCUAGCAGUAGUAAUUCGGGUGAAUGUUUAUGGCCAGUGUAGCGCUUCCCGGACUACCACUUAAUGACAUCAUGCAGUAGAACCUACACUAGCAUUUCAAACUGUAUUUUAAUACUAAGGAGUAGGCUCAAUUUCGAUUUGCAGCACCCUUAGGUCUUAUACCAGUUCUGAUAAAGAUCAAGAUUAUUUUAAAAUUGUUCAGGAAAGGUGAUUUUUUUUUUUUUUUCUGUAUACUAGUUUAAGUAAUAGUAUCUUUUGUUACAAUAUUUGGCAAAUAAACCUAGUAGGACCAAGUGUAUGAAAUAAAAUAGGUAAGAUUUCUCAAAUAUAUUGUAUAUGUGAAUGAAACAAAACUCCAGGUAUGUUUUGAAAAGAAAACAUUACAACAUGAUUACAAACUCAAAUGUGAAUUGUUCUGGAACUUGUCAUGUACUGGCUCAAAAUUGAACUCAUUCCUGUCUGCCAGAAAUAUACAGCUCCCAGUAUACACAUUAAUUCUCUCUGAAAUACAUUGUGUACUUGUGUCUAUAGUUACUACUUUGCUUCCCCGUCCUCUAUUUUAAGCGGUUUGUUAUCUACAGCGACACUGCUAAUUAUUGUGUGCUGUGCUUGUCCUGCCCGGUCAAAACAAAUCUGCUUUUCUGCACAAAUUAUUUAUUUAACUUAUUCUAAUUGCCACUAAUUAAAACACUUACAUAAUUAUAAUUUCAUGUGAAAGCUGAGGCAGUUUCACUUGGCUGUAAUUAGCAUUGCAGAUUUCUGUUCCUACGAGCUUUAGUUGGCUGUCUUUACAUUUGGGUUUUGUAUUAUUGCGGAAUAACAUUUUAAUUAUAUAGAAAACUCAAACAUUGCCUCUCAGCAAAGUUUUGCAUUAAGAUUUGCAAAUUGUUCUUCACCCUAUUUUAGUGUUAACUCUGAAAUGAAUACGAGAAUGAAACAACUCUGAUGUGACAUUAAACAUGCAGGUGUAAGUGGUCUCCUGGUCAGUCUUAAGGGAGGAUUUUUAUUUUGCGGUCUGAUAAUGAACCCUGUGUAUCCGAAUUUGAAAUUAUUUUUAUGCCAGUUGCCCUUGGUGCUUGAUCUGACUUUGACCCUUUGUGACUAAAAUUGUGGAAGAAUUUUCAAUUUUGUUUACAUGGCAUAAAAUGUAUUUAUUAUCAGUCAUUUUGUUUUUGCUGCUCUGUUUUAACCAUUACCAUGUUUAAUUGUUGCUUGACAUGCUGUUAUGCUGAAUGCACAUUGAAGAGAUUAUUAUUGUUAUUUUGGUCCAUGUUGAGACUGUGAUGUGACUUAGCUUGUAUUUAAUGAACUGUUGGUUAGAUUUUCCACUGUCAGCCACAUAGAGCAGAUGAACUGUAUGUUUUGAAUGACCGAAUGCAAGUUUGUGUUUUUUAGUGAGUAGUGAGGAGUUUGCUUUUUCAUUGACUGUGAUUGAAUAAAGAGUAUUUCUUACA